GUUUCGCCUGGACCAAAGAGGCGUCAGUUGGAAAAACGAUCCAAGAGACGACGACAUGGACCAGCUCGCGAACGCGCUGGCGCUCGCCAACUGCCACGUCGACCAGGCGCUCCUCGUGUUUAAAGACGCGACGUCGGCGCUCGCGGGCGUCGAGACGCAGUUCAGCGACGGGCUCCUCGCGGUCUCGUUCGUUGUCGUGCUCGUCAUCUGCCUCUUCUCGGUCUACGCCUUCCACCGCAGCCACCGCUUCCACGUCUGCGUCCGCGCCGAGAUUGCCCUUCUCGAGCAAGAGACGGAGCACAAGGCGCUGGCCUUGGACGCGACGGGGCCGCUGCCCGCGUACACGCUCUCGUUCGCGUACCUCUCGUACUUUGCCGCCGACGGCGCCGGAUCGGAGAAGCAGAUCUUGCGCGACGUCUCGGGCACGUUCCGGCCGCAGCGACUCACGGCCAUCAUGGGCGCGUCGGGCUCGGGCAAGACGACGCUCCUCAACCUCCUGAGCGGCCGCGUCUACUCGGGGCGGUACUAUGGCCAUCGCCUCCUCAACAACGCCCGCGUCGCGCCCAAGGACUUUGCCACCUUCAUGUCGUCGCAAGGCUACGUGGAGCAGACCGACACCUUCAUCGAGACGCUCACGGUGCGUGAGAGCCUUCUCUUCUCCGCCUACUUGCGCCUUCCCGACACGCUCAGCCUGCGCGAGAAGAUCAGCCGCGUCCACACGGUGCUCCAGAUCGUCCAGCUCUACGACGCCGCCAACACACCGAUUGGAGGCCUCGUCAGCGGCAUCAAAGGCAUCUCGGGCGGCCAGAAGCGCCGCCUCUCGAUCGCGACGGAGCUUCUGCGGCUGCCGUCGGUGCUGCUGCUGGACGAGCCCACGAGCGGCCUCGACGCCACGUCGUCGCUCCUCCUCGUGCAAAUGCUCGCGCAGCUCGCGUCGACGCAAGGACUCACGGUCAUCUCGACGAUCCACCAGCCACGGGCCGAGAUCUUCCAGCUCUUCGACGACGUGCUGCUCAUGGAGAAAGGGGGGUGCGCCAUCUACUGCGGCCCGCAGACCGAAGUCGUCGGCCAUCUAAGUGGCAUUCCGACGCUGCCGCGUCGCCCCGAGUCGUACGACAACCCUGCCGACUUUAUCAUUGACGCGCUGGGGCUCGACCCGGAGCGCGAGGCGACGCAGCAGGUGGAGCUUGUGGCCAACUCUGCGUCGCCGUUUCUGGCGCAGUGGCAGGCCUCCGACUUGUACCAGCAAAUGAUGCGGUCCCUCGCUCGGUACGGUCGCGACGACGACAACACGAGCUACAAGACGCCCAAGCAGUCGUGGCUCCACGUCCAGACGUGGACGUGCUUUGAGCGCCGGUACAGCCGCGUGUACACCAAGCGCAUCGACGUCCUCCUCCGCAAUCUCCAGACGCUAUUGGUCGCGAUCAUCAUCACGACGGCCUUCUCUUACUCGCCCAUGACGCAGCUGAUGCAGAACCCGACGAUCUCGGCGACGGACAAGCUCGUGCUGCGCGACUACGGCGUCUUGUACCAGAACGUGAUGCUCAUGUUCACGAUCGGAGCGUACGGGAUGGUGCUCGAGUACCUCGAGAUCAUCCCAGAGUACUUCAUCGAGCGGCCGCUCCUCGAGAUGGAGCGCAAGUCGAACGCGAUCAGCUUCUACUCGUACGUUUACGCGCUCUUCUUGAUCGAGACGCCGAAAGCCGUCAUGAACUCGGUCCUGCUCCUCAGCGUCGCGCUCAUUGGCCACUCGUGGGACGACCUCUCGGUCCGCUCCAUCUUUACGCUCUACCUCAUCUUCAUCCUUGGCACGUCGGCGUGGCAGUCGCUCAUCUGCUUUGCCUGCGCGCUCUCCAACAGCAUGCCGCCCGUUUACGGCGUCGUCUUCCUCCUCCUCGGGUCCGGGUUGCUCUUCAGCGGCAUCUGCGUCUCGUACGGCGACAUGUGGAGCUUCUGGUACUGGUGCUACUAUGGCAGCGCCCCCGCCCUCAUGUCCCGGUCGCUCAUCAUCGCAAGCACGUCGUCGCCGAUGCAGCUGCAGAUGCUCGUGCAGAGCGGCAUGCUCCAAAUGUCCCUCGACGCCAUGUUCGGUGUCAUUCUCGCCACCAUCAUCCUCGGCCGGUGCGGAUCUCUCAUUUCUUAUGUGUGCGUGAACUGA